UAUUUAAGAUAUGCCGCCUUCUGUGCUUAAGCAAACUUAAAUAAAUAAACAAAAGAAUAGUUUAUUAGUUUUAUGGCAAUUUUCCAUGUGACACAAAAAUUAUCAUAAAUGUUUGAAAGGAAUAUGAAUGCAAUUCUAUCAUCAUCCAUUAACGGUGGUGAUUUAGAUUCUACAAGCUCCGGCGGUACUUCGGAUAAUUCCGCUUAUCAUCAGGAAAACAUGCACUCACCCAUUUCUUAUGGAUCUUUAUUUUUACCAAAUGCAACAGGUUAUCGUGGCAAUAUUUCAUGCAAAACCGUAUUGCAUAUUGACAAAUUCUCACCGUAUGCGUCAGAGAAAGACAUUGAACGGCGAUUUCAAGACAUAACCAGUGACUAUGAAAAAUCUUCACCGUCAACAUCCACUACUUCACCCAUUUACCCCACGCUAAAUGGCGUGAUAUUUGAAAAUAGUCUCAGUGAUCUAAAUGGCAAUACCAAAAACCUUGGUUGCAAUGAAUCGUUGCAUGGCUUAAACCAAGCGGCAGGCCAGGCCCUUAACAGCAGUGGUCCAUUAUAUCCAAAUUUAUCAGCAAAUCAUACUGUCAAUGGAAACUUCCAUGUAGAUAGAAAAUUUUUGCAAUUCACAACAGAUCAGGUACAAAAUAUACAAUGUAUGUGUGAAGCCCUGCAGCAGAAAGGUGAUAUUGAGAAACUUACCUCAUUCCUCAGCAGUUUGCCACCAAGUGAGCUAUUCAAAACGAACGAAAGUGUGCUGCGCGCACGUGCUAUCGUGGCUUACCAUCGUGGACACUUCAGUGAUCUAUAUAGUCUUCUCGAAACACACUGCUUCUCUGUGAAACACCAUACUGAUUUACAAAAUCUAUGGUUUAAGGCACACUAUAAAGAAGCAGAAAAAGUACGUGGACGUCCGCUGGGUGCAGUUGAUAAAUAUCGUCUACGUAAGAAAUAUCCGCUACCGAAAACGAUUUGGGAUGGCGAAGAAACAGUAUAUUGCUUCAAGGAGAGAAGUAGAAAUGCUUUAAAGGAUUGCUAUCAAACCAACCGUUAUCCUACACCAGACGAGAAAAAGACUUUAGCGAAGAAAACUGGGCUGACGCUAACGCAAGUGUCGAAUUGGUUCAAAAAUCGAAGACAACGCGACCGAACGCCCCAACAAAGGCCAGAUUUAAUGUCUGUGCUGCCUGUCAAUCACAUGGAUCCCAGUGGUUUUCCACGCAUGUUUAACGCACCGAGUUACUAUCCAGAAUCAAUUUUCAACGCUCAAUAACACUAACAGAAUAUAUUCGAAUAUUGUACUUCGAAGCAGUGAGGAGAAAAGGAUGAAGCCCAUAUUUCAAAUGUACAGAUCAACAAGAACGUAAAAGUCCAUAAAAUGGCAAAACGCGCUUAGAUUGUUGUAAAACGGAGC